CGCCAACGAGACAAAGUGACAGCUUCAGGUAAACCAACUACCUGUUCAAUUAGUUUCGUUAUGAUAAUUUUCGAAAUGACAUUUCGUUUUAUUACAAUUAAUUAAAAAUGACUUUAUUUAAACUGAUUAUUUUAUCAACUAUUCUCCAUGGGAUAUUUGCUAGCUUAGAAGUCGCUAACGACGAUAGCCUAGUAGAGUUAAUAAAAAAUGAAAAAUAUGUAGUGGUUUUGUUCACAAGUAAUAAAUGCAAACAAUGUGAUGAAGUAGAAAAUGAAUUGGUGAAUGUAAGGGAUGAUUUAGUAGAAUCAUUGGGCAGCUGGGUAGUAAAGUCAGUCAAUAGUCAACUAGUAAGACUUUAUGAUCCUUCUAAAGAACCUGCUAUAGUUUUCUUUAGGCAUGGAGUUCCUUUACUAUAUGAAGGAGCUUUACAAGAAGAUGAAAUUUUACAUCACUUUAUUGAUAACAAAGAUCCCUUAGUUAAAGAACUUUCCGAUGAUAGUUUUGAACACUUAACUCAGGCAGCUACAGGCGCUACAACAGGAGAUUGGCUUGUUAUGUUCUAUAGUACAGAAUGUGUAGAUUGUCAACGCUUAGGAGCUCGAUGGGAAGCUGUAGCAGCUAAAAUUAAGUCCCGCACAAAUGUAGCUAGAAUUAAUAAAGCAAGUACUGGAGCCGCAACAGCAAGGCGCUUUGGUGUGCAUAAAGUUCCUUCUUUUAUAUUAUUUCAUCAGGGAAAAAUGUACCGCUAUAAUUUACCUAAAUAUGAUGUAAAAUCGUUUAUAUCAUUUGCUCAAGAUUGGUACAAAAAUACUAAAGCUGAACCUGUGCCACUACCAAAAGCACCAUUUGAUGAUCUAGUUUCCUGGGUAGUGGAAAUGAUUCGUGAUGCUGUUGAUAAAUUUAACACACUCAUAAAUGAAUAUCCAUCGUUGAUCUAUGUAAUAUUUGGUGUUAUCGCAUUUACAACUAUAGGAUUCAGUCUUGUUUUGAUAACUGCAAUAAUAUCUAAAUUUAAAGCCAAUAAACCAUCAACAUCAAAGAAAAAACAAAAAUAAUUUGUAAUCGGAAAUCUCAUAUUAUAUUUUUUGAAAUAAAAAAAUUGACUAAUGUUAAUUCAUUAUAAAA